AUGGGGAAGUACGACUGGUCGGGCUACUUGGCCCUUGCCCAGACGAUCCGCGACGCCGGCCUCCAGAUCCGUGCAUCCCUCUACUUCCACGCCUCCACCGAACCCGCUAUGCCUCUCCCGCAGUGGGUGUCCAAGAUCGGCGAAGGCAACCCGGACAUCUUCUUCACAGAUAGGGCCGGCAAGCGCCACAACAACUACCUCUCCCUGGCAGUCGAUGAUCUCCCCGUGCUGGAGGGUAAGACUCCGGUGGAGGUCUACGCGGGCUUCCUUCAGAGCUUCAGAGCCACCUUCUCAGAUUUCCUCGGUUCCACCAUCAAGGUAAAUUGAGCUUCUGCGCGUUUUCCUCUCGCCUUUCUUCAUCGUCUGGUGAAAACUCCAUCUAAGAUUUGGGGAUUUUCCAUCCACUUGCAGGAUGUUCUUGUUGGCCUUGGUCCUGAUGGUGAGCUGAAGUACCCGUCGCAGCAGCCGGCUCCGAGGAACAAGCAAGUCGCUGGAGUGGGGGAGUUCCAGUGCUACGACAAGAACAUGCUGAAUCAUCUCAAGGAGCACGCAGAGGCCACCGGGAACCAUUUCUGGGGUCUCUCCGGUCCCCACGACGCCCCCCACUACAAUGAGUCUCCCGAGUCCACCAAUUUCUUCAAGGAGCACGGAGGGUCGUGGGACACCCCGUACGGCAACUUCUUCCUCUCCUGGUAUUCCAGCCAGCUCGUCGCUCACGGCGACCGCAUCCUCUCCGUCGCCUCUGCGGCCUUCGGGGACCUCCCCUUGAUCGUCUACGGCAAGCUCCCGGUGAUGCACGCCUGGUACAAGCACCGUUCCCACCCCUCCGAGCUCACUGCCGGCUACCACAACACGGCCAACUCCGACGGCUACGAGGCCGUUGCGAAGGUGUUCGCGCGGCACUCCUGCGGCAUGAUCCUCCCUGCCAUGGACCUCUCCGACGAGCACCAGCCGCCGGCCUCGCGUUCCAGCCCGGAGGCGCUGGUGGCACAGAUCAUGAGGGCCUGCGAGAAGCACGGGGUCGUCGUCUCCGGGGAGAACUCCUCCCUCCGCGGCUCCCCCGACGUCGUCUUCGGCAAGAUCAAGGAGACCCUCUCCAAGGGCAAGCCGUCCCCGGUGGGUCAAUUCACCUACCAGCGGAUGGGGGCAUACUUCUUCUCCCCCGAGCACUUCCCCAUGUUCACGCAGUUCGUCAGGAGCCUCGACUGGUCCGACUUGCACCCCGACGACUUGCCCGCCGGCGACGACGAGACCAUCCCCUUGACACCGAGUUCGGCGGCUGAGGGCACCAGACAGAUGCAAGCCGUCUGA